UUUCCUAAGGUUGUUUCUUGGAUUAUAACUAUUUGGAUAUUUGGAUCCUUGACAAUUUUUUUACUGGCCAGGGUUCUUGGAGGAGAAGUUGCUUAUGGCCAAGUUCUUGGUGUGAUAGGAUACUCCCUACUUCCCCUCAUUGUCAUAGCACCUGUACUUUUGGUGGUUGGAUCAUUUGAAGUUGUUUCUACCCUAAUAAAAUUGUUUGGAGUCUUUUGGGCUGCUUACAGUGCUGCAUCAUUACUAGUUGGAGAAGAAUUCAAGACCAAGAAACCCCUUCUAAUUUAUCCAAUCUUUUUAUUAUACAUUUAUUUUCUGUCCUUGUACACCGGGGUGUGAUCUAGUACAAGAUGUGGCCAGAAACCGUAUUUUAUUCACUUGCAGACUGAUAACGCAUAAGAUUAAGGAGGCUGGAGAUAAUACAAGUGACUGUUUUGUAUCCAGUUGUCAAGAUGUUUUAAGAUCGAAGAGCAUAUUUGUGUAUAUUAUUUAAUGAAGCAAUUGUAGCUAUAUAGAUUUGUAUCAAAGUUCUAGGUUUGUUUAAGACUCUUCAGAUUUUAAUGAACAAAAUAAAAGAACCUUGUGUUUUAUAACAAAGUGUAGCAAAACCGCAACUCGAUACCUGUGCCAAAAGCACUAGGACCAGAUUACUAUAUUGGAGGAGGAAAAUGAGAAGUUAAUGGUAAUGAUCUCAAAGUGCAAUUUUUCUUUUGAGCUUAAACACAGCUGGCUUUUUUGGCACAGCAAGUUCUGUAGAUAAUAUAUAUUUAUGAAACAGUCCUGAUUGUUCACAGAAUAGUCUGUAUAAUCAAGACAUGAAGAUACUACUUUUAAUUUAGUGCCUCAAGUACUUUGAUUUGGCUAUUGAGUUUUUAUAAAUUCCAAUUUGUUUUCAAAACAUGUAUAUACUGUGUAUUUUGUAUCUAUGGCUUGUGUGUAGCGUAAAUACUCCUUGGUUAAGGAUGUAUAUUGGGUUUUUAAAAAUCGAAGAUACAAGUAUUUGAAGUCUUCAUUUACUAUCUCUGACCAAAGGAGCAAGAUAUUUACUGUGCAACAUAAUGAAUUGAAAUGCAUCUUUAGAGAAUAAAAUUAUUUUACUUAAAAGUAUAAAUUUACAGAGAAACAGGCAAACACCUUUCCCAACUGUAGAGAUGGCUUAAUGUUGCAGAACAAAAAGAUGAUCUAUCAAAUUUGUGUGAUCUUUAAACAAUGUUAUUUUAUGAUGACAAAAUAAAAAUAAUGCUUCCCUAA